CAUUGGACUGAACAUCCCUGGAAGUAUUGCAGGUUCUCUACUCCAGAAAGCCUGGUGAAAAAGCUGCUGCUUACUUGGUUCUAAGCUUCAUUCCCCCCCUCCCCUCCCAGCCACAGCUUACCAGGAUGGACGAGGAACAUCUUCACGAUGAUCUGCGCGUUUUUAAAGACAGAAACUUCUUCCCGCUGAGGCUAAGAUCUUUUUUCACGGUAUACUUGCUACUGGGCCUCUUCUUUGUGCUGAUCAUCACCCUGUUUGCUGUGUCGCUCUCCAGAGUUUCAGCCAUUUCUUCUAAACUCAACGAGGUGCAGCCGGAACGGAAACAGAAUUUUUCUGACAGGGAUUUUCUCCUGUUUCCCUGCGGACCCGGCUCCAGGGAAUGGGAAUACUUUAAUGGAAAAUGUUACUACUUCUCCCUAACCAGAAUGAGCUGGUACAAGGCAAAGGCUCAGUGCGAAGAGAUGCACUCGCAGUUGGCUAUCAUUAACAGCUACGCCAAGCAGAAUUUUGUCAUGUUCAGGACAAGGAAUGAACGUUUCUGGAUCGGGCUCACGGACGAGAAUUUGGAAGGGGAAUGGGAAUGGAUCGACGGGACCGACUAUAAAACCACGUUCACAUUUUGGAAGGAGGGCGAGCCCAACAACAGCGACAGAAACGAAGACUGUGCCCACAUCUGGAUCUCUGGGAAGUGGAACGAUGUCUACUGCACCUAUGAGUGCUACUACAUCUGCGAAAAGCCUCUGCCCAACUGAGCAAAACCACGUGUGGAGGCAACGGCUGAUGCUCUGGCACCACGAAUGUUCCUUUUUCUUCUUAACUUAUACUAUCCGAGUGCCUGCUCCCCGCUCUUCCUCUCCACCGCGCUGUCCCGAGGAAGAGCGGGGAUGCAUUUUGAUGGUCCUAAGCAAUAUAUGCAGGAAUCUGGGUUCUCCGUGGGGAGCUCAGCCUAAUAAAGGACAAUUAUUGCUCUGGUUAA